GCCAUCCACGAGGGAUCAGCGAUCUAUAAAGCGCUGGCAAAUUCCACAUCGGACUCAAUCGUCACUCCAGCAUCAUCACCAACCCAAUCAUCCUCUCUUCUAUUAGCCAUUUGAGGUACUGAUUGGUCUUCUAUCAUUCUAUUCCAUUCCCCACCCCCGCAUGGCAGGAUCCCCUUACUCGAUCUAGUUUGUGUACCUGCUUAUCACCAUGACGGCCUCUGAGCCCAACCCCGAGAACGGCAACAUUGCCAAUCCCGACAUGUUCGAUGAGAAAGUUUCCGACAAAAAGUCCGGCAAGGCGGACCGCAGAUCCGAAUCGGAGGAUCCCACUACCCAGCAGGCUGAGCAUGCCUCCGACCCGACGUCCGGCAGUGAUUCCGAUAGUUCAAAGAAAGAGCGUCCCGAUGGCAAGCGGGAGCUGAGCGAGGAUGACUGCUACGACAAACUCGGCUUUUGCUUCCCGUGGUACAAAAAAUGGACCAUCCUUUCGGUGGUCUUCAUGGUCCAGAUGUCCAUGAACUUCAACACCGGUGUGUACUCGGAUGCCCUCACUGGUAUCGAGAAUGAGUUUGGUGUCAGCGCGCAAGCGGCCCGUGUCGGACAGAUGAUCUUCCUGGUCGCCUACGCAUUCGGCUGUGAGCUGUGGGCCCCAUGGAGUGAAGAAUUUGGACGAUGGCCGAUCAUGCAGCUCAGUCUAUUCCUCGUCAACAUCUGGCAGAUUCCUUGCGCCCUCGCACCUAACUUUGGCACCAUCGUGGUAUGCCGCUUCUUAGGAGGUCUAAGCUCCGCUGGUGGCUCCGUCACCUUGGGUAUGACGGCCGAUAUGUGGGAGAUUGACGACCAAGGGUUCGCCGUUGCCUAUGUCGUGCUCUCCUCGGUGGGUGGGUCCACCAUUGGACCUGUCUUUGGUGGCUUCAUCGGCCAGUAUCUCUCGUGGCCCUGGGUGUUCUGGGUGCAGUUGAUCGUGGGUGGCUUCACUCAGGCUCUCCACUUUUUCUUGGUUCCUGAGACGAGAUCCUCCAUCCUCAUUGACCGCGAAGCCAAGCGUCGCCGCAAGUCCGGCGAAGACCCCAACAUCUACGGCCCCAAUGAAUUGAAGGAGAACCGCUUGAGUGUCAAAGAGGUCUUGCGAAUUUGGAAGCGUCCCUUUGAAAUGUUUAUCCGCGAGCCCAUUGUGCUCUGCUUGUCUCUAUUGUCUGGUUUCUCCGAUGCCCUGAUUUUCACCUUUACGGAAUCCUUCACCCUUGUGUUCGACCAGUGGGGCUUCGAUACUCUGACCAACGGCCUGGCAUUUUGUGCUAUUCUGCUCGGCUACAUUAUCGCCUACCUUAUCUUCCUGCCGGAUAUCUGGCGACAGCGCAAGAUCCGGAAGACGGAGGGCAAUGCCGCCCGCUUUGCGGAGCGCCGCCUCCUCUUGCUCUUGUUCCUUGCACCCCUCGAGCCGAUCGGUCUGCUGGGCUUCGCAUGGACGUCCAUCGGGCCCGCCUAUGCACCGUGGAUCGCCCCGUUGAUCUUCGCUUGUCUGAUUGCCAUUGCCAACUACGCCAUCUACAUGGCCACGAUCGACUACAUGGUGGCUGCCUACGGUGUAUACUCUGCCUCUGCGACCGGUGGCAACGGGUUCGCCCGUGACUUCCUGGCUGGUAUUGCAACCAUGUAUGCCACCCCACUGUAUGAGAACAUCGGCGGCAAGUUUCACUUGGCGUGGGGUAGUACGCUGCUGGGAUGUAUUGCCGCCUUGGUGGCUAUUCCGAUCUACAUUUUCUACUGGAAGGGACCGGAGAUUCGACGACGCAGCAAGUUCGCCCAGACGCUGGCGGCCGAUCGCGAGAAACAUGCUGGCCGUCGGGCCAGUCGACUCCGCCGGGAGUCGCUGCCAUAUCCUGUUUAGCGUUUGGUCAUCUGUGUGAGUGUAUAUAUGAUAUCCCCUGAGGUACAUGCAUUUCUUCGAAACCUAGAAUAGAUUAUACCCCAACUUCCAAUGG